CCCAUCUCCAGACCCGCAACUCUAAACCAGGAAGCCAAGCACCUUGUCGGACAUCUUUUCAACCCACACCACUGACACGUUGAACAAACCUCGACAUCGAGUAUCCCUUGCCAGCAUCUUCAUCAGAGCCCACAAACUGUUUUUUUUUUUCGCACAAUGGCUGCCGAACAACGAAAGCUGCUUGAGCAGCUUAUGGGCGGUGGCAUGGCGUCACGUAGCGCCCAGCUCCCGCUCACCGACCCCAAAGUCUGCCGCUCUUACCUCGUCGGUACCUGCCCGCACGACCUCUUUACCAACACCAAGGCCGACCUGGGCCCUUGCCCGCGCGUGCACUCGGAGGCGCUCAAGGCCGAGUACGAAAACCUGUCCGAGGCCGAGAAGAAGAAGUACGGGUUCGAGUACGACUACAUGCGGGACCUGCAGAACCGCAUCGAGGCGUGCAACCGCAACAUCGACACGCUCCAGCGCCGGCUCGAGAAGACGCCCGACGAGGUCCGCCAGACCAACGCGCUGCUCAAGGCCAUCUCGGACCUGGGCUCGACCAUCGCCAACGGCCUGCUCGAGGUCGAGAUCCUGGCCGAGUCGGGCGAGGUCGCGCGCGCCUACGACGAGUACUACAAGGUGCGCCACGCGCAGGCGGCCAAGGCCGAGCGCGAGCGCGAGCUCAAGGCGCUGUCCGAGACGUCCGGGCCCUCGGGCCACCAGAAGUUGCAGGUCUGCGACGUCUGCGGAGCGUACCUGAGCCGCCUCGACAACGACCGCCGCCUGGCCGACCACUUCUUUGGCAAGAUGCACUUGGGCUUUGCUCAGAUGCGCAAGGCCUACGACGCGCUCCCCAAGGAGAUGAAGGGGAGGCAACGGCCGCCAAUGUCCAUGGGCGGCGGUGGAGACGAGGAUAUGGGCGGCGUCCCGACGGGCCCCGCCGGCGGGUAUGGCGAUGGGUGGAAAGGCAGGGGGUCCAGGAGUGGUGGCUUUCGUCCGCGCGGGCCGAGGAGGGGUUGGUAGAAACGGGAAAGGGAGCGGUAGGACACUUGCAUUCACUGGCGUUUUGGCGUUGCAUAUUAUGGGGUAUAUGGUAUGGCACGAUAUCACGGCGGGCUAAUGCUUCCAGCUUCUUUCUUGGUGUUCUUCUGCUUCUCGUUUUUAUUAACCAAGCACGGUAUGGUAGGCAAGAAUUUCCACAUUAAAUAAAAAGACCCCGUGAAUCGGUCAGGGUCAUGUGGGUUUGACUUUCAUGAUCAAGGGCACAGAGGCUACGCUGGGUGC